CGGAUUCCAAAGACCAACUCUUAUUGUGCUUUCUCUUGUUUUUGAGUAGCAGGAACUACUUUUGGACAUCAGAAUGUGACCAGAUUCACAACAGACAAUUCUACCAUGCAGGCAGAGGACUUUUCGGGCAUUAAAGUCUUCGAAAUAUGCAUUUACUUGGCAAUCUCUGUCGUAGGUCUCAUCGGGAACGGGCUUGUAAUAUUUGUGACCGGCUACAAAAUGAAGACAACUGUCAACUCCAUUUGGUUCCUCAACUUGGCGAUUGCAGACUUCAUCUUCUCCUUAACUCUAUUCAUAAGAUUCAUUUUAGCCUUAUGCAAGCUGGCUUGUCACUUUGGUGACUUCAUAUGGAAGUUUCUCCUAUGUAUGAUUUACUUAAACAUCUUUGCCAGCAUUUUUCUGCUGACGACUAUCAGUCUGGACCGAUGCCUGUGCACAUGGAUGGUUGUGUGGAGUCGGAACAAUCGAACCCUGUGCAAAGCUAGAAUCAUCAGCAAGGUUGUGUGGGUUUUAUCUAUCAGCUGCAGCAUCCCCGCAGUCAUCAAUCACGCAACAGCAAUGCCUGAAGUACACUGUAAAAAUCCAACUUCUAUAAAAUCCUACAAGUCUUUGGUCACAUUUAGGUUCAUAGUGGGCUUCUUCAUCCCCUUCCUGGUCAUUGCAUCUUCAUAUAUAAGUAUCGGAUUGCGAGUCAAAAGCCUCAAAAAGAAGAUGCAGUUCAGGUCUUACCGGAUCAUUAUAGCUCUGGUCCUGGCCUUUUUUAUAUGCUGGCUUCCUUAUCAUAUCCACGAGUUUUAUGACAUAAGUGCAAAGGAGAAUCAGUGGAGUGAGUCUGCUAAGGAUGUUUUAGUAAAAACAGAAGUUGUAGUGCACUGCCUGGCUUUUCUAAGCAGCUGUCUGAACCCCAUUCUCUACGUGUUCAUGUGUGAUGAGUACAAGAAGAAGCUCAAACAGUCUCUGCUGCUAGUGCUGGAGACGGCUUUUGCUGAGGAUCAUCAGGACUUCAAAGUCUCAAACCAAACAGAAGACAUCGCUAUCUCUGUGCUUGCCAGCUGACACGAUGAAAAACCAAGCCAUUAAAAUGAUCCAGGCAUUCAUGACUCUGCUUCCUUACCUUGAUAGCCGCACUUUUAUGACUUAUACAAAUGAGGUUGAAUAAAAUAUACAACCAUUAACUGCAUUAUACGAGUGGAAAUGUUGAAUCAAUGACUCAAUCUUUUCUGUUUUGAA